AGAGAGAGAAUGAGAGAAGUGGCACCGUUCACGGUGAUGGUCAUAAUGGAAGCUUGCACCAUAGCAUUGACGAUAUUGGCCAAAACGGCCUUAACAGGAGGGCUUAGCCCUUUUGUUUUCGUGGUGUAUACCAACGCUAUUGGCUCUUCUUUGCUUCUCCAUUUUUCCUUCCUUUAUCAUCGUAGGGAAAGAACACAACAGUCUCUCUUUACUUUCCCACUCCUCCGUAUAUUUUUCCUGGGUUUAAAAGGGAUUGCUAUAUCUCAGAACCUUGCAUUCCUUGGGCUAAGCUAUAGUUCACCAAUCGUUGUAUGCGCAACGGGACUCCUACUACCUUCUAUUUCCUUCUUAUUUUCCAUCAUUCUAAGGACGACAAAGCUGCAUUGUGAAAGCUCAGGCUGUCAAGCCAAAUUGAUUGGAACUUUGGUCUCAAUCGCGGGAAUCAUUGUAGUAGAACUAUACAGAGGCCCAUUCAUACGAGCAUCACCGGUUUCACUUUCCCACCCGCUUCAACUUAUACCUAAACAUUUUGUUUUCUACUCCACGCCUGAUCGUUGGUUUCUUGGCGGACUUUUGCUUGCAGCUGCUAACUUGUCCAUUUCGAUAUGGAAUACCAUUCAGGUGGGGACCGUCAAGCAAUAUCCUCAAGUGAUCAAAGUGGCCUCUUUUUACAGCUUAGUUGGGACUAUCCAAUGUCUGGUUUUUUCUUUGUUUAUGGAGAGAGAGAUAAAUGCAUGGAAACUUAAACACAAGAGGGAUCUCCUACUCAUUAUUGUGACAGGGAUGUUCGGGAGUAUUAUCCGUAGCAAUGUUCAUUUAGCAUGUACGAGAAUGAAAGGCCCUUUUUACGUGCAUAUGUUCAAGCCAUUCGGGAUACUCUUUGCAACAAUUUUCGGAACCAGUUUCCUUACAAACAGCCUUCAGUAUGGAAGCGUAAUAGGGACGAUUAUAGUUGGAACCGGAUAUUAUGCUUUGAUGUGGGGACAAAUCAAGGAAGCAGAGCUUCGUAAAGAGCGAGAUGUCGAAAAAGUGGAUGAUAUUUCAGACGACCGCAAGACCUCUCUCUUGCAGGAGCAAGAAGAAGAAACCCUUGUCUAG